AGAAGAGUCUGGCCCUGUGCAACUCCAACGGCCUUGGCGUGUCGGACUGCAAGCACAGCGAGGACGUGGGCGUCGUGUGCACCCAGAAGCGCAUGCCAGGCUUCAAGUUCGUCAGUAACGUGGGAACAACCUGGAGGACAUGACGGUGCAGGUGGAGGACGUGCGCAUCAGGGCCACCUACUCCCAGAGGAAGCGGGUGCCCAUCACCGAGGGCUUUGUGGAGGUCAAGGACGGGGGCAAAUGGCGGCAGAUCUGCAGCCAGGACUGGACCCCCUUGAACAGCCGGGUCAUCUGCGGCAUGUACGGCUUUCCCGGGGAGAAGGGCUACAACGCCCGCGGCUACAAGCUGCUGGCCAAGCGUCGUAAGAAGAACUACUGGGGCUUCGGGGUGAACUGCACGGGCACAGAGGCCGACCUGUCCGACUGCAAGCUGGGCCGGCAGGUGGAGCUGAAGGGCAACGGGACCUGUGAGCAGGGCAUGCCCGUGGUGAUCAGCUGUGUCCCCGGACGCGCCUUCGCUCCCACGGUCAGCGCCGGCUUCAGGAAGGCCUACAGGGUGGAGCAACCCUUGGUCCGCCUGCGGGGCGGGGCUGUGAUCGGGGAGGGCCGGGUGGAGGUUCUGAAGAACGGCCUGUGGGGGACGGUGUGCGACGACAACUGGGACAUGAAGGCCGCCACCGUGGUGUGUCGCGAGCUGGGCUUCGGCAGCGCCAAGGAGGCUCUGACCGGGGCGCGGCUUGGACAAGGCAUUGGGCCGGUGCACAUGAACGAAGUGCAGUGCUCCGGGUUCGAGAAGUCUCUGACCGAGUGCGCAUUCAACAGCGAGGCCACGGGCUGCGGACAUGAGGAGGACGCCGCCGUCAAGUGUAACAUCCCCGCCAUGGGCUUCAACAGCAGACUGAGGCUGAGCGGGGGUCGUAACCCAUAUGAGGGCCGGGUGGAGGUGCUGGCCGAGAGGAACGGCUCCCUGACCUGGGGGGCGGUGUGCAGUGACAGCUGGGGAACCAUGGAGGCCAUGGUGGUGUGCAGACAGCUGGGCCUGGGAUUCGCCGACAACGCCUUCCAGGAGACGUGGUACUGGCAGGGGGAACCGUCGGCCGAGGCGGUGGUCAUGAGUGGGGUGAGAUGUUCAGGGACAGAGCUGACCCUGGACCAGUGUCUCCACCAUGGAAAGCACCUCAACUGUCCCAAGGGAGGAGGACGCCUCGCUGCCGGGGUGUCCUGCACACAGGCGGCUCCGGACCUGGUUCUGAACGCCCAGGCAGUAGAGCAGACCACCUACCUGGAGGACAGGCCCAUGUACGCGCUGCAGUGUGCCCAGGAGGAGCACUGCCUGUCCAGCAGUGCCACCGGAGCCAGCUCCACCUCUUACCGCCGGCUCCUUCGCUUCUCCUCCCAGAUCCACAACAACGGACGAUCUGACUUCAGGCCACGUUCGGGUCACCAGUCUUGGAUCUGGCACGAAUGUCACAGGCACUACCACAGCAUGGAGGUGUUUACCCACUACGACCUCUUCAGUCUGAACGGUACCAAGAUUGCAGAGGGCCACAAGGCCAGCUUCUGUCUGGAAGACAGCCACUGUGAAGAAGGUAUUCAGAAGAAGUUUGAGUGUGCCAACUUCGGCGCCCAGGGUAUCACAACGGGCUGCUGGGACACCUACAGGCACGACAUUGACUGUCAGUGGAUCGAUGUGACGGACGUCAAGCCAGGGGACUACAUCUUCCAGGUUGUGAUCAAUCCCAACUUUGAAGUCGCAGAGUCUGACUACAGCAACAACAUCAUGAAGUGCCGCUGCAGAUACGACGGAAACAGGAUAUGGAUGUACAACUGUCAUAUAGGUGGUUCGCUGAGCUCGGAGACAGAGGAGACAUUUCCCGGAUUGCUGACCAAUCAGCUGUCACACAGGUAGACCAAGGACAGCGGACAAGCAAACCUAAACAGCAACAGAAGGCUAGGAACAGGACCACGCUGGGGCAGCUAGACCGCAGGAACACUUGAAAACCACUAGAGGGAGCUGACCUCUUCUUUCCCGCCUACCCCAGCUACCUUCUGCUUGGUUGUGGAUUUUUUGCCUCAGUUCCACCUCUGAGAAAUGGAGGAUGAACCAGCGAAUGAAUGAACUGCUAGCUUCAUAUUGGAAAUAACGAUUUUUGACCAUGCACGCAUACAGAAAAAUGUGCUUUUAUCCUAUUUUGUCUUCACUGCUCCCACUGAACAACACGGAGUGAUGUGGUGCUUGUUUCCGGUCAAACCAAAUCCCUUCAUAGUCCCAAUGUCAAUCUAGCCAAUUUACAAGUCGUUAAGCUUCAUGACACAAAGACCAUAUUUUUGCACUCGUUUUACGUUCAGAAUUUGUGCAGCAUGACAUUUUGUGGUGUAUCCAUAGGAAAUAAGUAGGAUGGAUAGAGAUAUAUAUGUAUAAAUAUAUUUAAAGAUAUGGGAAAAUCAAUUACAUUGAUGAUCUUAAAUGACAAGGACUGUAAUAUACAAUUUUGACACGCAAAGCCACAGACGUCAAGAUAAAGCAUGCAGGAAUGUGUAGUGACCAUGUUCAAUCAGAUUUCAAAACGGUCCAAUAUUUCCUAAAAUAAUCUUUAGGUGUCAAGCAUCAAUGGUGCUAGGCAACUAUUGUUAUUCCACCAUAUUCACUAGUUUUAAUUUUCAAAUGAUAUCCAAUGGUGGAUUUUGCAUGGGGUGUAUUCCUGUUUAAGAAUCUUUCUGAAUCGAAACAUCUGAAAAAUGUCCAUGGAAAUACUUUUUUUUCUUUUGUGAAAGUACAAUACCUUUCAUCUUAAUGUGCCUAUCAUCCCUAUGGCUUUUCUUUAUAGUCUACAUUUUGUUAAAUUAUUGCAGUCAGGGACUUUGGUGCCAUAUUUCAGAUGUACUGUAAAUAGUUAGUGAAAGUGCCUUGUUUAUGCAUGUCUAUGGUGGUGUGGCGACUCCAGGGCCCCCCUUAUUGUGCAAGUGUACAUUUUACUAGCUGGGUGAGAUUGUUAUGGAUGCAUUGUGGGAAAUGUGGGAGAACAUUACAUUUGUAAAUAAAUAAGCAGACAAAGCAGAUCUCAAGUUA